AUGCAUUCACUCCCAACUGCUCCGAAGUCCGAGAUUGUCUCGCGAUGGAAGCCAGCCAUUGCCACAGUCAGUCUAGGGGCACAAUUCCACUCCAUUGCCACUAAGCUUGAUGCUGCGUCCCGCCACGACCAACAGGGAGUCGAACUCUUCCACGAUGAUGUAGCGCAACUCGCCAAGACCCUGCGUUCUCAAGCAAGUGGAACUAUGCCCCGCACAGACCGAGACUAUGAGAUCGAUGCAGCGCACAUCAUCCGAGAUCUGUGUGCUGAGCGCGAUCUGCAUAUUUUGGCUUUGCAACCCUUCCGACACUACGAGGGCCUCCUCGACCGAACACGCCAUGCAGAGCGAAUCGAGGAACUCAAACAUUGGGUCCAAUUAUGCAAAAUCCUCAGUGACUCUAUUUGUAUCUUGAUCCCAUCGUCAUUUCUCGAUGCCUCGGAAAUCACGGGCGACCGAGAGCAGCUCGCAGCCGACCUAGCCGAGGCUGCUGAUAUUGCAUUCCCCAUACGCAUCGCAUAUGAAGCCCUCGCUUGGGGAACUUACAUCAAUACAUGGGAAGAUUGCUGGGAUGUGAUCAAGCGGGCUAAUCGGCCCAAUCUAGGAAUUUGUUUGGACACAUUCAACAUAGCUGCCCGUCUGUGGGCUGAUCCUUUGGAUCCGACAGGUCGGCGACCACCGAGUGCGGACGAUGACCUGCGGAACUCGAUGGAUCGACUAGUGCGGGAGAUUGACCCGGCCCGAGUCUGGAUGGUCCAACUUGCCGAUGGUGAGCGGGUCGAUCCAGGGACACCAUUUCUUCAUACACCAGGUCUGCCCACGCUGCUAGCUUGGUCGCGGAAUGCUCGUCUGUUUCCGUGUGAGGAGGAUCGUGGCGGAUAUCUUCCAAUUCGUGAGGUCACUUAUGCCUGUAUCAAGGGCCUGGGGUAUAUCGGGUGGGUUAGUAUGGAAGUCUUCUCGCGGACUGCUAUGGAAGAUAACCCAGCCGUCCCGAUUGAGCAUGCCGCCCGAUCGAGUCAAUCAUGGAAGCGGGUCCUAGAAUUGCUGGAAGAGAGACAGGAGAAAGGAACCACCUAG